CAAUAAUAUUCUGCAUAUUUUAUUGCCACAACACCACGCAGGAGAUAUUUUCUUUACAAAGCCAAGUCCCAAGUAGCAAGCGCUCGAAAAUUUUGACCCUAAGCUAUCCGUUACGGGUCCGCUCCUCGGUUUUUGAAGGGUUUGCGAGUUUUUGCGGCGAAAUUUUCAGGCUUAGUAGCCGAUCACGUGAGAAAUACUUCAAAUAAUGGACCCGAAGGGCGUUAAUAGACCCACCAACGUAAGAUUUUUGAGAAAAUGUUUGCAAGCGGCUUUUCUAUAUAACUUGAUCGUGUGUAGUGCCGAGAAACAUUUUUCAAGUCGUUGUUGUAUGUUCUUCUAUGAUUGGUUGAAAUUCUCAAGAUGGACAAAUCAGAUAUUAUCCAGGCUGCUCCUGUCUCUGAGAAGACUGCUGAGGUCUCGCCUACUCGGCCUGCGUCAGGGAGUGAGCAGAGUCAGGAUGCCGAGAAAGGAGUGCCCCAUGCGCCAGAGCUGAAGAGGAACCUCAAGGCUAGACACUUACAGAUGAUUGCCAUUGGUGGUACCAUUGGAACGGGUCUCUUCAUUGGUUCUGGAGGAGCAAUCGCCAAAUCAGGGCCAGCUGGUGCUCUCAUCGUUUACAUCUUUGUGGGGACUCUCGUCUACUCCGUGAUGACCUCGCUUGGCGAGAUGGCAACCUACAUCCCAAUAUCUGGAGCAUUCACUGCUUAUGCAGCUCGUUUUGUCGAUCCCAGUCUUGGAUUUGCGAUGGGUUGGAUAUACUGGUUCUCAUGGGCUAUGACGUAUUCACUCGAGUUGACCGCAACUGGCCUCAUCAUUCAAUACUGGAACCAGAGCCUAUCCAUUGGUAUCUUCAUUGGUGUCUUCUGGGUUAUCAUAACUGUCAUCAACUUCCUUCCCGUUCGAUUCUAUGGCGAGUUCGAGUUCUGGUUGUCGACCAUCAAGGCACUUACCGUUCUUGGCUUUCUCAUCUUCGCCAUCUGCAUCGACGCUGGAGCAGGUCAACAUGGUUAUCUUGGCUUCCACACUUGGGGCUCUCCGGGAGCUUUCGCCCCCUAUCUCGUCGGAGAUGGAGCUCUCGCUAAGUUCGUCGGCUUCUGGGCUGUCUUGAUCCAAGCCGGCUUCUCCUAUCAAGGCACCGAGCUUGUCGGUAUUGCAGCCGGUGAGACUGAGAACCCACGCAAGAACGUUCCGGCCGCUAUCCGAAAGACUUUCUACCGAAUCCUAUUCUUCUUCGUCUUCAGCGUCUUCUUCAUUGGUCUCCUCGUCCCGUACACGAACCCAGACUUGCUCCAGGAUGGCUCUAACGCAAAUUCGUCCCCAUUCGUCAUCGCUGCAAAACUUGCUGGUGUCAAAGUACUUCCUGGUCUUAUCAAUGCUGUUCUUCUCUUCGUCGUUCUUUCAGCAGCAAACUCAAACGUCUAUUCCGGCUCACGUAUUCUCUUCGGUCUCGCAAACGAUGGAUCUGCCCCAAGAUUCUUGAAGCGUACUUCAGAGUCUGGCGUUCCAUAUUUCGCUGUUAUGUUUACAUCAGCUUUCGGACUUCUUGCAUUCCUCAACCUCUCAGCCAAUGGUGGAACGGUCUUCAACUGGUUCUUGAACAUCACUGGUGUUGCAGGCUUCAUCACUUGGUCUUGUAUCAAGGGUUGCCAUAUCGCAUUCAUGCGUGCUCUUGCCGCUCGCAACGUUUCUCGCGACACUCUUCCAUACAAAGCAUUCUGGCAGCCAUUUUUCGCCUGGUACGGCUUAUUCUUCAAUGUGCUGAUCAUUCUGACCCAAGGCUUUACGGCAUUCAUUCCUUGGAAUACAUCCAACUUUUUUGUGGCUUAUGUUAGCUUGAUCUUGUUUGCGGUGUUAUACCUCGGCCACAAGCUCGUCAUGAAGACUAAGUUUGUUCCGAGUCUGAAGGCCGAUAUCUCAACGGGAUGCUUGGAGAGCGAUGACACUACUUGGGUCAUCGAUCCUCCCACUACCCUGUGGGGAAAGUUCUGGGCUUGGAUGUCGUGAAUCACGUGUCGUCUUCGAGUCGAUCAGCGACUAGUAGGUAGCCUUUGAGCGUGUGUAUAUAUGAUUGUCUUCUGUAUAUAUAAUAGUAAUAGUUCCAUGUAUUCGAGAUAUGCACUGAAUGACUUAAUACUAUCAGACUUCAGAUU